UCACAAAUUCACACUUAGACACAGAUUGAAAAUAUAUAAAUAUAUAUUUAUAUGCAUAAAUAUAAAUAUAUUUGUGAAAUUUAUUGGCUGGCCAAGCGGUUGCUUGGCAUUUGUUAAAGCGCCGACAAUCCCAGCUGGUAACUCUGGGCGACCAACGACAAUAGCAACAGCAACAACAACAACAGCAACAAUAAUAACAAACAAUAACAAAAUUAACUGCUCGGCCCGGCACAAAUUAUAAUCAAAAUUCAAAGAGCUUGCAGCACAUUCUCGCUGGAUAAGGGCAAAUCUCUGGGAACUCUACAAAAUGAGUAAGAAAGGCAAAAAGGGCAAGAAGUUGCCAGUGCUCAUCGAUGGCGUGGACACGUCCGCCAUGACGCGCGAUCAGCUGGAGGCGUUCUCGCUGCGCCUCAAGGCCGAGAUGGAUCGGGAGCGGGAGGAGCGCAACUACUUCCAGUUGGAGCGCGACAAGAUACGCACCUUCUGGGAGAUCACGCGCCAGCAGCUGGAGGAGGCCAAGUUCGAGCUGCAGCAGAAGGACAAGGAGAUCGAGGCCACGCAGGAUCUGGCGGACAUCGAUACCAAGCACAUCAUGCAGCAGAUGAAGCAUCUGCAGUUCGAGAACCACAGCAAGCUGGGCGAGGUGCGCGCCGAGGCGAUGACCCAACUGAAGGUUGCCCAGGAGCACCAUCUGCUCCAGGAGCUGGAGCUGCAGACGGACAAGCGCCAGCUACGCCGCAUUGUGCGCGAACGCAUCGAGAUGAGCGACAUGCAGCAUCGCCAGCUGGAGGCGCACUACAACCAGCAGCUGCUAGAGCAGCGUCUGCAGUUUGAGAGCGAGCGCAAGGACAACGAUCGCCUGCAUGACGAGAAGAUGAGGGAGCAGCGCAACAAGCUCGAGCUCUUCUUCAACGCGCAGAUGUUCGAGGUGGAGGAGCGCAAGAAUCAGCAGAUCAAGGACCUGCAGGACCAUCACGAUCUGGCAUUCAACGACAUGAAGAACUAUUAUAACGACAUCACACUGAACAACCUGGCGCUCAUUGGCAGCAUGAAGGAGCAAAUCGAGCAGCUGCGCCGCCAGGCCGACCGCAGCGAUCGCAUCGCCGCCGAGGCAACCACUGAGAGUCGCCGGCUCAAGGAGCCGCUGGAGCAUGCCAAGACCCAUCUGAAGGAGCUGCAGCGCAAGCUGGAGUUCUACGAGCGCGACAAGCUGCAGCUGGCCCGCCUCAAGAAGAGCAACACCAUACUGGAGAAGAAGGUGAAGAGUCUGAUGUGGGAGUCGGAGACGCUGCUGCUGCGCAACGAUGCUCUGGUCAGCGAGCGGGCCAAUCUGAAGGCGCGCUUCAACGAGGUCAUCGUCGAGCUACAACAGAAGACCGGCCUGAAGAACGUGCUGCUCGAGCGCAAGAUUGCCGCUCUGCUGCGCGAGGACGAGAAACGCAGCAUCAUCAUGCGCAGGACGAUUGCCGCGUGUGCCCCCGACUUCCCCGGUAAGCUGGAGGCCGUGGAGAAGACCGUCAGCGAUGUGGUCGACACCAAGAACCAGACCAUCAUCGAUCUGCGUUACGAGCUGUCCAAGGCCUGGAAGGCCCACGACGAUCUGCUCGAGACAUACGAGUGCAAGCUCAAGCAAUAUGGCAUCCCGACCGACGAGCUGGGCUUCGAGCCAAUACGCGAGCGGGCCAACAAGCAGCUCUACAUCUGCGGGCCCGCCGGCAUUGUCACCGAGAACAACACUAAUUCAGUGUUUUGCCGGCGCGCAUGUUCUCUAGUUUUACGUUUUGUUUUCGUUAAGCAAUUCUGUGUUUCCAGCGCCUUGGCCAUUGCCAUGUUGCGUACACACCUCUUCCAAAAUGUGCGCCUGCGGUUUCAAUUACGACGCGUUGCAGUUGGAGCUGCCAUUGCGCCGCCAACGGCACGUGGAUGUCUGCAUUAUGCAACGCCAAUGAUCAGCAGGACAACAAUGCCGGCACUGCAGCCACUUGCAUAUAGCUAUACGACGGCAGCAACCACACCAGUUGCACGACCCGCAUCGUCGAACAAGAAGCGCGUAGCGAAGGCCAAUGACCGCGGGAACACCAUCGCCAGCCUCGAUGAUCUGUGGACGCAGCUUGAGCAACAUUAUCAGCAGCACAAUGUGCUCCGCCAAGAGCACUGCGAACGUCUGCUGGCACUGCUGGAGGGCUCACCCAUGGGAGUGCAAAACACACUAACUGCCGAACAGCUGCACUUUCUGUUGGGCGCCUGUGUGCCGGAGCUGUUGCCAGUGCUGAGCAGCCGAGAACGUGGGGAUCUGUUUCGGCGAUUGUGGGCGCAGCUGCUGAAAGUGGAGCAACCGUCCAUGGCGCACUAUCACACCCAGCUGCAGAUGCUGCACGAGAACCAGCUGCCGUUGGCCGACCAUCGUGCUCUACUGGCCGAGAUUGCCGCCUACAAUGGCGCGGCAGAUGCAAGCCUCUACAGCGCCCUGCUGGAUGUGGCCGGCGCCAGCGGGAACAUGCGACAGGCUACCGAGCUGCUGAGUGACAUGCGUCAGCGCAACUUUCCUCUCUCUGAGCGUAACUUUCACGCCCUCCUUCUGGGCCAUGCGCGCAGCGGAGAUCUACCAGGCGUCGAGACGGUCCUCAGCAGCAUGCGCGCGGCGGGCAUAACGCCCAGUGCCAGCACCCAGGCCCUGUGCUUCGUCGCCUACGUGGAGAACGACGAGCUGCCCAGGGCGCGCGACCUGCUCCGGCAGCACGCGGGCAGCUUCAAUGCGCCGCAGCUUAUGCAAAUGCUGCGCGCUGUGCUGGCCCAGCAGCAGGUGGAUGAGCAACUAAUGCAGCAGCUGGUGUCACAGCUGCCUGCGGAUUAUGUGAACGAUAUCGACGUGCCGCCGGCCAUCAACAGUCUCUGCAUCCAGAUGCUGUACAGAGAUCAGGCGGCUCUGAUGAUCCAACUGGUGGGGAUGCUGCCGGCGCCCAAGUUUAACGAGAAGCAAAACAUCGAUGGAUAUGCAGCGUACCUGCUACAGGAGCUCUUCCGCGCCCGCACACCCCUCGAGCAGAUGCUGCAGUUUGCUUUCCAGCUGCGCCAGCGCGGCCAGAAUCCGCGCGCCUUGGAGGUGCUCACUGAGUUGGCGCUGCGUCGUCAACCUUCGAUUGCCUUGAGCUGCCUGGAAGCACUGAAUGCAGCGGGCGAGCCACUGCGUCCGCACUACUUCUGGCCCUUGCUGCUGCAGCAACACAAGCGCGAGGGCGAGAGCGGCGUGCUCCGGGUGCUGGGCGAUAUGCAGCGCCUGGGCGUGGAGUGCGACGAGCCGACGCUGCGACAAUAUGUCCUAGCCAAUCUAAACCAGACGCUGCAGCAGCCGGUGCAGGCGCUGCAGCAGCUAGACGCUGUGGGCGUGCGCCCCUCCCAGGCGCUGGUGCACGUGCUCAGCCAACUGCUGCAGCAUCUGGAGCUGCAGCCAGCGCUCGAUCUGCUGCAGCGCUACCCGACACGCCUCCAGCUGACGACGCUGCUUCAGCCGUUGGCUACGCUGGCUGUGCACAUGCGUGCGACUAAGCGCUUCGAGGCCUUCGCCCAGCUGAUCCAGACAUUGCAGCAGCGAUCACUGCAGCGCCAGGAUGACUUCGUUGGUGCACUGCUGCUGCAGAUGUGCGGGCCACAGACGCGCCUACGCCAGGAGCCGGCAUCGCUGUUGCGCUUCCUGCACGAGAUGCAGCGUCUGCAGCUGCACAUCUCACCGGCGGCAGCCGAGUCGCUGUUGAGCCUGGGCAGCAACAGCGAUGUGGACACACGAGAAUCGCUGGCCAAGACGCUGCAGAAGAUGCGCAACGCGGAGCUGAAGCUACCAGCGGAUACCGUCUUGGCCGUUGGCGGCUUCAUCAAGCAUCCGCGCGACAUGUCGCGAGAAGAGCUCGAGUGCCAUCUCAUCGAACUGGAGGCCAAGCAGCUGAAUACGCGCGGCGUGCUGCGGCGCCUGCUGCAGUUGAGCGUGCGCGACGGCCACUUGGAGCGGGCGCUCGAACUGCAGGCCAAGUGCGAUGCUCUACGGGUGCAGACCAGCGCUGGGAUGCUGGCCGCCAUCUUUGAUCUGCACAUCAAGCUGAAGAACCUGCCACGUGCUCAGCAGAGCCUGCAGCGCCUACAGACCACAUAUCCAGGUUUCCUUCUGGAUGAGCACAAGCUGAUUGAUUACGCCGCUCUGCUGGUGGAGAAGGGUCAGCUGGAAGAGGCCAAGGAGCUGCUGCAGCAGCGCGCCGCCCAGCACAAGGUCAAUGGCGGCGACUAUGUCAUCAAGAAUGUCUGGCAGCUGCUCACGAAUGUUGCCAAAAUGGCAAAGGACUCUGCAUCCGGGUCCGCAUCCACGAGCCCCACGCUGGAGAUGUUCAACUUUCUGCGCAAGCUGGGCUAUUGCCAGACGCACAAUGCUCUGCUGGGUCCUGUGCUGCGGGAGUGGCUCUAUCGCGGUGAUAUGGAUGGCGCCGUGGCAGAGUUUCAGCGCCUGGCCACGCGGCACAACCACACGCCGCUUCAGUUCGAGCUGCUGUCGCUGCUGGUGAAGCUCAGCAACGGCGACGAGACGGAGCUGGCACGUUUUCCAGGCAUGACCAAGGAGUCAGCACAGCAGCAUCUGGUCACGGUCACGUCGACGGUCAGCCGAGUGCACGGCGCAGCCAAUAUGAACAGCGCCCUGCUGCUGGCUCUGGCCGAGUCGGGCACUGAGACGCAGCUGCGUCGGCUUAUCAUCAAUCCAGAGUUCCGGCUCAAUCACGACCUGCUGCUGAAGAACUGCGAGCACCUGGGCCAAGAGGGCGCCGUGCGCACUCUCCUGCGUCUGGCUCGUGGUGUCCGAGGCCUGCAACGCACCAUUGACGAGCAGCGCAUCUACGACAUGCUGCUCUCCCAGUUCACGAAGACCAACAACUACGAGGGCGCCCUCGAUCUCUACGAGCGCCUGGAGGCCGACGACGAGCUGAAGGUCUCACAGGAGUUCAUACGUAAUCUGGUCAAGCUGCUGCAGCUGAAUAAUAUAGAGAUUCCCAGCAGCAUUGCUAUGCGUGCUCAGAUUAGAUAGGAUCACAUUUUUAUAUAGAUACGCCUACAAUCUUAAUGCUGUUAUUGUUAAUAUAUUUUUU